GCAGUUGAGUCAGUCGGUCUACCGCCGCCGUCGAGGAAAGAUCGAAGUUCGCGUGUUCUAGUGACGUUAAACGUUCCCCACGAUCCCGACACGGUGUCCUUCCUUGGAAUCUCGCGGUUUCAAGCCCCUACGUUUCACCCUUCUUGAAUCGCGAUCGACGGUAUCGCGUUUACAGUUUGGUGAACCCGGUCGUUCUCUACCCGUGCAAUUACGCAAUUAAAUACACAGGCUGUGCGCAGCUACACAGCGAGAGUCGAACGGGUGUAUCAGUAAGGAAAACAACUGAACUCAUUCUUAAGUCAUUACCAAUUUUCUUUUUAUUUAUCGAGUAUAUCUAUAAGAUCGUGACCGAGAUUGUCUUUAUAUGUAUUAGGUUAGGAUUUUUGCGUGCUAUUCGAACGUGUUUAAAAUUUAUUUGUAUUAUUAAAAGUACAAUGCGCGUACGGUAAAUAUAUUAAUCCUAGAUUAAUCGAUAGAUUUGUUAUCGAACGUACAAAUGAUUCUCUGAUAAUUUAUAGUUUGCUUUGUAAUGAAUCACUGUUUUAGAUCGUUCGUUAAAUUUGUUGAACGUUAACGCGGAUAAAGGUAAAUGAUUUGACGGUAUUAUUGCCAGUUCGAGAUUACAUAUUUACGAGCACGGUGAUCGGGCACUUAGGCGUACGUAACGAAUCAAUCAGAAGCAAAUGUUUUGCAUAGGUGCGAACGUGUCUAACUUUCAGCUGGUACCACGUCGUUGUUCAACGAUUAGGAAUUAACGAGAUGCAAGUGGCAGAUCGUAGUACUUACUUACUGUUAACAAAAUGAUAGCCUGUCACUUUUACGACCAUUAUUUUUCUAUUCGCUUGCACAUUUCUAUUGCGAUCGAACGAGAAACCGCGUGAACGUAGCUGUUGAAAAUCUAGAUUUCGUACACGUAAAAUCCAGUCAUUAAUUUCUGUGUACAAGAUGAGUGUUUCAAUCGCAUCCUCACUUUUGACUCUCGCUGUGUACACUCGCCAGGCUCGUUUAUAAACUGGUCUACUGUACUCGUGUGAUAAGAGUGUAAUAAGAUAAUGGAGGCUGCCUGCGAGGAGCUGUUUCCCAAAAUGAAAAUCAAAGCCAAAUGAUCGAUCGGACGAUCGCUGAUCCAGAGGAUCUGUACAGCCACGUGACUUCCGGUAGUUCUUCGAAAAUGGGGUUGGCAGAUGCCGACCUGAGCAUGGGCGCAGGGGCUGCUGGCGGCUCGGUCCUCGGAUUGCAAAGCUCAGGCGUGGGUGGCGUUCUUUCUCAGCACUGCGCGAUCUGCGGGGACCGAGCCACUGGUAAACACUACGGUGCCGCUUCCUGCGAUGGCUGCAAGGGUUUCUUCCGGCGGUCCGUACGGAAGAAUCACUUAUACACCUGCAGAUUCAGUAGAAAUUGUGUAGUAGACAAAGACAAGAGGAACCAGUGUAGGUACUGCAGAUUAAGAAAAUGUUUCAAGGCUGGCAUGAAGAAAGAAGCCGUUCAGAACGAAAGGGAUCGAAUAAGUUGUAGGAGGCCCAGCUAUGAGGAACAGAGUAGCAAUGGUAGUGGAUUAUCCGUGGUUUCCCUUCUCCAAGCGGAAAUGCUUAGCAGACAAGUCGGCGCCGCACUCGAGCUAGGCAGCCCGGGCGGCGACAUAGACCUGACCACGAAGCAAAUAGCGAACAUAAACGACGUCUGCGACAGCAUGAAGCAACAGCUUCUGAUACUAGUCGAGUGGGCCAAGUAUAUACCGGCGUUCAGCGAGCUGACCCUCGACGAUCAGGUGGCUCUCCUCAGGGCGCACGCUGGCGAACAUCUCCUCCUCGGCGUCGCCAGGCGUAGCAUGCAACUCAAAGACGUGCUCCUACUCGGGAACAACUGUAUCAUCACCAAGAACUGUCCUGUGAUAUCUCUGUCCUCAGAGGGCCGGAACCAGGACCUCGACAUCAGUAAAGUGGGCAUCAGGGUGAUGGACGAGCUGGUGAAGCCAUUGAACGAGGUCCAAAUCGACGACACGGAGUUCGCUUGCCUCAAAGCCAUCGUUUUCUUCGAUCCCAACGCGAAGGGGUUGAGCGAGCCACAGCGGAUCAAGCAGCUGCGCUACCAGAUCCAGAUCAACCUGGAGGACUACAUAAGCGACAGGCAGUACGACAGUCGGGGCCGUUUCGGGGAGAUCCUGCUCACGCUGCCGGCCCUUCAAUCGAUAUCCUGGCAGAUGAUCGAGCAGAUCCAAUUCGUGCGGCUGUUCGGCGUGGCCCACAUCGACAACCUGCUGCAGGAGAUGCUGCUAGGCGGUGCCACGGCGGAGAUAAACGGCGCCGUGACUCCGAUUCAAAACUCGAACGCGCCUGGCAGCUACGUGAGCAGCAACGAGAGUCCUAGCAGUCCUCUGACACCGGCUAACGCGCCUCCCCUGAGCCCCCAGGAUCAUUUACUGGCUGGCGGCAGUCCUGUGAUGAUCCUGAGGGAUCUGACGCCUAUACAGACCCAAGAGGACGUGACCAGCGUUACUGGAUUCAGGAUGUUCAAGCAGGAACCCAGCUUAGAAAGUGAAUCGACGUUUUAAUGUGCACAGAAAUCUUCGUUACUGAAUGGUAUAUCCCUUGAGACUAUUUCUUAUUCUCUUUUAAAUCGUUACCCUGUUCGUUCAACGCUAAUUGUCAGUGAAAUAUUAAUCAAAGUGCCUGAUUCUUUCUGAUGACACUUGGCUGACACUUGGCAUUUUUCGAUUUGUUCAAUGCUGGAGGAAACGUUACCAUAUUUCUGAGUCAAGCUCAAUUAAUCCUUCGAUUGCUCAAUUAAUCGUUAGUUAAUACAGAUAAUUAUUAAUCGUCCGAUUAAAUCAAAAGAACGAUGACAUCGUUUACAUCGAUUAAAUAAUUAUUAUUUAUACAAAGGGACUAUUAAUAAUGUUAUUUAUAUUAUAAUAUAUUUCUACAGA